AUGCACAUCCAGCAUCCCUUGGUGAACUUUUUGAAAAAGGGGGGUGCUGAAAAGCUUGAAGAAUUGAACCGUGAAGUUGAAGAACUGCCGAUAUUUGUGUUCGUACAUGGGUUGGGUGGACAAAUGUCCAAUUUUGAGCCACUCAUGGGGCUAUUAAGCCAAUGCCUGGAAGUGAUGUCUAUCGACUUGCCUGGGUUUGGCAUUCUGCGAAGACAACGAGGAAGGUCGAUUACUGAUUAUCUGACUGAGGAGCAAGCCAAAUUGGAAUCUAGUUGGAGGCUGAUGCUGUGGGAGGAUUUUGAAACGGAUAAACUCGUGGAAUUAUUGCAGGCAUGGGUAAAUCAACGAGUACCUAGCAACAAAAAAAUAGUACUCAUUGGGCAUCUGAUGGGUACGCAUUUAGUGAUAAAGCUUGCCGCUAAGCUUGAGGAAAAUAAGGUUGAGGGGAUGAUAUUGUUAUCGCCCCCACCUCUCGCUGAAAAUAAUACGUCUGUGAAGGUACAUCUACCGUUAACGAUAAAGUUGUUUUCUUAUGUACCGAAGGUGUUUGAUAUAUUUAGAGUUUGGGAUCGCAUCAAGGGACUUCGACUGCAUCUGGUGCUUCGGCAGCUAACCUCCACCACGCUGCUUCUGACACGGUUACGCCAAUUUCGGUGGAAUUUAGAUGUUGACUCCCCAGUGGUGUUGCGCUACAUGCAAGGAUUUCGAAAGGCUACCUAUGAUGAGCUAGCUCUUGCAACGAGUAGAUAUAACGACAGCGGGUCCACUCCUAACACUACGAACCAAAAAACCUUGAUCCUUUGCGGUGCAGAUGAUGUCAUAACUCCUUCAAAAUACUCGAGACAAGCCGCCGAGUGGUUGAAUACUCGUGCUCGGAGAGAGAUAUCCACAUUUAUUGAAAUUCUUCAAGCUGGACACUCGCUUCUUUUGAAUAAGCCGGAAUUUGUUAGUGGUACUGUUCUUGAUCACAUUGAGCGUCACUACCCUGAGCGACUCCACCUAAGCCCGACUUGGGUACUCAGUGUGAAAGCCAAAAUAAGCGGUGACAAAUGGGGAUUGAAAAAUGAAGAGAAAUGGAGACGUACUCAGCUGAUUUCCAGAAAUAUCACUAGACGUGUUGGGAACGCUGUAGAGUACGCGCCGUUGUUAGCCAUGAAGACGCUUAAAGAGGGCGAUUGCGACCAUCUGCCUCAAGUACUUGAAGCCAGAUUUUACGAAGAGCCCAAUACAGCUCCGGUGGAAGGCGUUUUGGUGGCUGUGAUUGACAUAUCGCUGGACGUCCCGGUAUACAACCCUAGCCUGUUCCAGCGAGUAAAAUACGUCAAGUGUCCUACUGUUUCUAAGGUCGUCCCUGAUAGAGCCGCCAUUCGGCGGUUCAUAGCUAUUGUUGAUGAUUUACUUGAAACGAGUUCCGAUGUCAAUGCUCCGUUAAUUGCGGUCCAUUGCCAUUAUGGUCAAAACAGAACCAUCUUCUGCUGUUGUUGCUAUCUUAUUGAACGUCUAGGUUGGACAAUUGAAGAAGCAAUAGAAGCGUUUGCAGUGGCCAAACCACCUGGCAUAAAACAUCCUCAUUUCAUAGACGCGCUAUACGUACGUUACGAGGACCGAUGA